UUAUUAAUGUUUGGGGACAUAGAUUUACUGCAGUAUAUGCAAAGAGCUCCCCAUGCACCGGAACAUAAGUUGCACUGGACAUGAGCAUCAUAAAAAUUUUUGCUUUGUCUCCCCAGAUUCCGUAAGAAGAAGCAACUAGAAAUAAUCUUUUAGUAAAGGUGGUGUACUUAUUAAAAACCUAAUGUUAACUCGCUGGAAGACAAAAUGCCUAUUUACACAGUCCCUGCAAGAAGCCUCUCUGAGGCACAGUGUACUACCGCUUUGCAGAAGACUUCUUCACAGAAUACCAGCAACAAAACAUCUGGGCAGCAACUGAAAUCACAGGUGUCAGGAGAAGAAAAGGAUAGUCUACUUUCAUGUUCUCAGAAUAAGACUGAGGAACUAAAUAGGACCUACGUGAUUUCAGCCUGUAAAAAAGUGAGUGACACAUCAACCACAUUUAAACCCGAAGGCAGAUUAACACUCCAGAGGAGAACUGGAGCAAGCAAAGUAUCAGUGUCCAGUAGUGAACAAUUGCAUGCAAUCGCAACACAGGGCAUGGAAAAUACACAAAUGGAGAAAAAACUUACUCUGCAGAGGCGUGUGAGGACUGGCUCCACAGAGAAGAGUAAAAUUAAUCAGAAUACUGUGCCUGGACUAGAAAAUAAUGACUCGGCUGCACAAAGAAACUACAAGAUUGCACUUCCACCAAAUAUUAAUAAGGAUGAUACCCAUGAUGUUAAACCAAGCUUUAAGUUAGCUGAGGGUCAGCCAAGCUCGAAGGUGCAGUGUAACCUGAACAGCAAGGAUUCCUUUGGCUUUGUUGAUGGUCUGUGUGAAAAUGAUAGCUGCAAGCGUUUAAAAUAUAGGACAAGCGCUGCUGACACAAAAUAUCCAAAUGAAGUUCCUAAAUCAGAACAACUAGUUACUUCAAAAUGUAUUAAUAGGGUAUCGGGAGAACAACUGAAUGAAAAAGGCGAUAUAAAUAAGCUAGCUGGAAAGCAAAGGUUGCAACACUUGAUUAUAAAACAUAACGGUUUGGAAAGACCAAGGACACCAACAAAAGGUUCAACAGAAGGGUUUAAGUUUACACCAAAGAACAGCACUUCUCAGGAUCAACCAUCUCUGCCUGCUUCAAAUAAACGAACGCCUCAUCUUCAAAUUCUAGCCAAAAAGAAAACUAGUGUCUUUGGCUCUCCUUCUGUGAGUAGAAGCUCAAAAACAAAAGAGAACGCAGAAACUCUAGCUGAGAGCAGUAGCGCUGAGAAAGAUGUUUUCAAAGUGGAAAACAGCAAAGUGAUUGUAGCUGUGCGUGUACGGCCUUUCAGUAACAGAGAGAAAAAUGAAAACUCGCUCCCUGUAAUCUCCAUGAGCGGUUCGGAGACAGCUGUACGGAAUCCAGCCACAAACCAAGUUUACAGCUUCAGUUAUGACUUCUCUUUCUGGUCUUUUGACAAGUGUCACCCUAAUUUUGCAAGCCAAGCAAUGAUUUAUAAAACUUUGGCAGUGCCGCUCCUAGAAAGAGCUUUUGAGGGAUAUAACACUUGUCUUUUUGCUUAUGGGCAGACUGGUUCUGGAAAAUCAUACACGAUGAUGGGGUUUGAUGAAGACCGAGGAAUAAUUCCAAGACUUUGUGAAGAUCUUUUCACUCGAAUAGCACAAAUGGACAAGCAACAGAUUUUGUAUCAUCUUGAAAUGAGCUUUUUUGAAGUAUACAAUGAGAAAAUUCAUGAUUUGCUUGUCUUUAAAGCUGAAAGCGGACAGAAGAAACAACCACUUCGUGUAAGAGAACAUCCAGUGUUAGGACCAUAUGUGGAAGGCCUGACAGUGAAUGUUGUCGGUUCUUACUCUGAUAUCCAGAGUUGGCUUGAACUAGGAAAUAAGCAGAGAGCAACAGCUGCUACAGUAAUGAAUGACAAGAGCUCUAGAUCUCAUUCUGUCUUCACCCUUGUCAUGACGCAAACCAAGGUAGAAUUUGUGGAUGAAGAACAAUGUGAUCGUAGGCUUACCAGUCACAUAAAUCUAAUUGAUCUAGCUGGCAGUGAAUGCUGCUCAACAGCUCAGACCACUGGAGAAAGGCUGAAGGAGGGUGCGAAUAUUAAUAAAUCACUGUUAACCCUUGGAAAGGUUAUUUCUGCACUCUCUAAACAAUCUCGAAAUGGAAAGAAAACUUUCAUUCCUUACCGGGAAUCUGUCCUUACUUGGUUGUUAAAGGAAAGUCUUGGUGGAAAUUCACAAACUGCUAUGAUUGCCACAGUAAGUCCAGCUGCCAGCAGUACAGAAGAAACACUCAGCACUCUUCGCUAUGCAAAACAAGCUUGUUCAAUUAUCAACAUUGCUAAAGUAAAUGAAGAUGUGAAUGCCAAGCUGAUCAGAGAAUUGAAAGCUGAAAUUGAAAAACUGAAGGCAGCUCAGAAGAGCGCUCUGAACACUGAUCCUGAAAAAUACAGACGUUAUUUGCAGGAAGUAACAUCUCUGAGGGUAAAAUUGCACCAGCAGGAGAGGGACAUGGCAGAAAUGCAAAGGGCCUGGAAAGAAAAAUUUGAACAAGCAGAGAAAAGGAAAUUAGAAGAUAUAAAAGAAUUGCAGAAAGCAGGAAUUGCAUUCAAAAUGGACAAUCAUUUACCAAACCUUGUCAAUCUCAAUGAAGAUCCUCAGCUUUCUGAGGUGCUGUUGUAUAUGAUCAAAGAAGGCGAAACUACAGUUGGAAGGUAUACACCAAAUUCGAAACACGAUAUCCAGCUUUCCGGAGUGCUAAUUGCUGAUAACCAUUGUGUUAUAAAAAAUACUGUUGGCAAAGUGAGUAUUAUUCCACUGAGAGAAGCAAAGACAUACGUGAAUGGGAAAUGCAUUUUAGACCCAACAGUUCUGCAUCAUGGUGAUCGAGUGAUCCUUGGGGGAGACCAUUAUUUCAGGUUUAAUCAUCCAGUAGAAGUUCAGAAAGUUAAAAGGCCAUCUUGUGGGACUAUGGUUUUGCAUGAUGGUCCAAAAGAUUUUGAAUUUGCAAAGAAUGAGCUGCUUAUUGCACAGAGAACACAGCUUGAAUCAGAAAUUGAAGAGGCACGACUCAAAGCCAAGGAAGAAAUGAUGCAGAGUGUCCAAAUUGCGAAAGAGAUGGUUCAGCAAGAACUGACCUCACAAAAAGAAGCUUAUGAAAGCAAAAUAAAAUCACUGGAAGCAGAGGUGAGAGAAGAAUCUCGUAAGAAGCAAAUCCAAGAACUGAAUAACCAAAAAGCUGCAACUAAAAUACAGGAGCUAGAGAAGGCAAAGCAAAAUCUUGAGCUAGAACUACACUUCAAUAAGAAGCGUUUAGAAAUGGAGGCCUUAGCUACCAAGCCGGCUCUAGAAGAUCAUACUAUUCGUCAUGCAAAGAUACUUGAAGCUCUGGAAGCUGAGAAGCAGAAGAUUGCUGAAGAAAUACACACCCUUCAGAAGAAUCGUGGAAGUGGGAAUAAAACUAUAACUAGUACGCACGACAAAAUUGAUGAUAAAACAGGAACAGUGUCUUCUGUUCAGGUGCAAGUUCGUAACAUCAAACUGGGAAUAGCAACUUUCUGGAGCCUGGAGAAAUUUGAAUGCAAACUAGCAGCGAUGAAAGAACUCUAUGAGAGUAAUGAUAGCAAUAAAGCUGCUGAUGUAUUUUAUGACCCUGCUGAUGAGUGGGAACCUGACCUUUCAGAUGCCUCAGUUUCCUCUCUUUCCAGAAGAAGAAGUAGAAGUUUCAUGAAGAACAAGAGAAUUUCUGGAUGUUUGUCCGAGAUAAAAUUGCAACCAAUUCAGAAUAUACAGACUUCCUAUAUAUCAGGUUCACAGAAUAAGUCCAGCAUAUGCCCAAGCUUUUCUGAAUCGUUUCUUCCUGGAAUUUGCAAAGAAUCUUUAAGUUCAGCUAUAGAUUUACUGGAACAGAAUCAUGGAGGAGGAAAGAGCAUAGCAGAUAGUCUCCUAACUAAUUUGUUUAUCAUUUUCUCUGGAGUUUCUGCCAUUUCAAAAGCCUAUGAACAGCAAGAUGAAAAAUGUCAAGAGAACUUUUUCUCUCUUGAUCAUGCUGCUCAGUCGUACAGCAUCAGAAUUAUCUCUGCUUUUGACCAGCUUGUGGUUCUGACCAAGCUCUGGCUUAACAAUGUCCAAAAGUGUCCUGGAUCUAUAAAAGUUGAUGAAGAAAUAAAACAGGAAGUAAAGAACUUGGGAGGUUAUUUACAGUUACUAUUGCAGGGAUGUUCUUCAGAUAUAUCCUCAAUGGUAACAGAAGCACGGAGCAAAGUAAACCAAACGGUAAAACAAACAAUGAAAUACAUAGGACACUUGGCAGUAGUCACAAGAGCUGAUAUUUCCUUUUCUGAAGAGAACAAUAUUCCUGCAACUAGUCUACAGGACUUUGUACUUGCCAUUUAUGAUGGAGUAGGCUCAGGGCUGGAGUUUCUCAUUGAUACUGUACAGGAAAAAGCAAGAAUGGUGCAGAAAGAACUCGUGAAACAAUAUCCACAAAAUGAGAUUCAGAAUCGAAUAAAGGAUAAUGUUGUGGCAUUAGCCAGAUUCCUUGAAAAUAACAUCUCUUAUUGCAGAAAGAACGAAAUAGAAUCUCAAUUACCAGAAGAAGAAUCUCUAUAUCAGGAAAUAAAGAAAAGCACUAACAUUGCUGCGAAAUAUUUGGAAUUGGAGCAGUGCCUAGCUGAAGUCUGUCAAAUUGUUUCUUCUACAUUACAAGGGUCGUACAGAAACACAAGCCCUCUCAGGAGUUUUGCAGAAAAUAUUUGUGUCAUAGCUGGAUAUUUUAACAACUAUUUCAGUUUAUUUGCCUUGUCUUCUACUUCUGCAAACAACCCUAUCCAGAAAAUACCCAUGCCUUUUAUGAACUUGGAUGAAUUGGACUCCCUGGUUGAUUCCCUUAUUAUGAAUUUUGAACUUGAACAAGGACAGCCAUCACUGAAGUCUCAAACUCUUUGUAAUGAAACUACUGAGACUCGGGGAGGACAGGCUGAAACAGAUGAAGUUGAAUCUGCUUGGAAACAGAAGGGGAUUCCAAAACACACCCAUAAACUCCAGUCUUCACCUCCAUUUCCUGCAGAGCUUUCACCUGGUAGGAUACAGUGGGUAUAA